UAUCGCUACAGAUGGGAGAUUAUGUUAAAGCACUCAUUGAAACAUAAGUGAUUGGAGCUUUUAGAGUGGCAUUGACCAUGCCGUUAGAGCAUGUACUUGAUAGAAUUAAGACAUACAAACAAUCAAAGCAGGGGAUCACUUAUGUACAGAGUUACAUGGACAUUAAGGGAGCUAGAGGGAUGAUUGGCUUGUAUGAUGGCUUUUCUCCUAGUUUUUUGAGGAACAUGGUCAAACAAUAUUAUAGAUGGCCUAUGAUGAUUUUUAUUCCUUAGAUACUGAAUGAACACAUCCACAAUUAAUCCAUAAAUAAAAUUAUAACAGGAGCCUCAAUUGGGUUGUUUGAAAGUUGUAUUAUUACUCCUUUUGAAAGACUCAAGACAUUAAAAAUGACAUCUAUGUCUACUGGCUUUGGAUAUUUCAAAUACAUAACAUUUGAAUCAAUAUAUGUUGGUUUCAGAAUUCAAACAACCAGACAGGUGGUAUCAUGGACGAACUAUUUGUACUGGGAUCACAAAGUCCGCUAUGCAUUAAAGGCUGAUCCUGGCUAACCACUUUCUUUAGUUAAUUCUUUAAUUGCUUCCUCUCUCAGUAGCAUUCUAAACAUUUUGGCAGUUCAUCCAUUUGAUACGAUCAAAACACUAGUCUAGAUGGAGGGAAAUCAAAAUUUUAAAAACCUCUCUCUUUUCGAAGGAUUUAAGAUUGUAUACAAAAAUUACGGAAUUUCAGGACUAUAUGCAGGAUGGUAAGCAAGGAUAAUCGCUUAUUUCUGUUAAGCUCUUCUUACAACUCCUACUAUAGACUACUUAGAAAGAAACUACGGAAUUUCAAAAAGCAAGAAAUAAUAAUGAACAUUUUGUUCUCAUUUAUGUGCCUUUAUUUCCAAUCUCAAAUAUUUCUUA